AUCUCUAAUUUGCGGACCACAACUUUUCGGGGAGCGGAUUUUUGAUUUCAUCAGAUUUCUUGGGAACUGCCAACAGGUGGCAGACGAGACUGCGACUCCAUUUGGAAACCAUGGCGCUGGCCAUCAAGAAGCGCUUCGGCUCCUACGUGGAGACGGUGGACGGGGCGCCGGCGGUGAAGAAGCUGCGCCUGCAAACCCUGGCCGCCGAUGCGAAGGCCGGGAAAGCCGGAAAAGCGGGAAAUGCGGAGCGCAAGCUGACGGCGCUCAGCCAACUGGACGCCUAUGUGGGCAGCCUGCCAGCGGCUGUCCCGCCGGGGCCACCAACUGCUCCUCCCACUGCCCCCGCCACAACCUCCUCCGCCGCCGUCGUGGCGACGCCAACCACGCAGAAUAGCCGGGAACUGCUGGAGCUGCUGGUGAAGAUCACCGACGAGAUAUCCUACGAGGACGUCGAGCUGGCCGAGCUGAAGGAGGUGGCCAACAAGAUCUUCCAGCUGUACCAGCUGCAGGCGAGCGACAGCGACACCUCCAUCCGGGUGAAGCUGCUCGAACUGCUCUCCGGUUUGGGAUGCGAGUGCGCCACUGAGCAGGCGGUCACGCUGAUCAUCGACUACUUCAUCUACCUGCUGCGCAAGGAGUGCUCCCAGAAGGUGCUCGCCCAGGGCAUGAUGUGCUUGUUCCGAAUUGGCGAGCGGCGGAAGCACCUAGUGCCCAUUUCGUACAACACACAGGUGGCUCAUCUGGCCAAGGAGCAGCUGCGCUCCGGCUCCACGCACACGCAGAAGAACGCCAUGCUGGUGAUUGGACGGUUCGCCACCAAAAUGGAGGGCGAACGGCACUACGUUUGGAAGCUGGCCUUCUACAUUGACUCGCAGGACUCGGGUGUGCGCGCCCAGGCGCUGCACGCGCUGCUCACCCUCGGCGAGCGGGGAUCCCAGCUGCCGGCGGUGCUCUACAGGCGGGCCGUCGAGGCCAUGAAGGAUGACUACGAGUGCGUGAGGAAGGAGGCGCUGCGCCUGGUCUUCAUGCUGGGCAACAGGCAUCCGGACUACGUGAUACCCUCGGAUCGCCAGCAGGAGGAGCUGCGCAUGAUAGACGCCGCCUUCAGCAAGGUCUGCGAGGCGCUGUGCGAUCUCUCGCUGCAGAUACGCGUGCUGGCGGCUGAGCUGCUGGGCGGCAUGACGGCCGUCAGCCGGGAGUUUCUGCAUCAGACGCUGGACAAGAAGCUGAUGAGCAAUCUGCGCCGCAAGCGGACGGCGCACGAGCGCGGCGCCCGGCUGGUCACCAGCGGCGAGUGGUCCUCCGGCAAGCGCUGGGCCGACGAUGCGCCGCAGGAGCACCUGGACGCGCGCAGCAUCUCGAUCAUAGCCAGCGGCGCGUGCGGCGCCCUCAUCCACGGGCUGGAGGACGAGUUCCUGGAGGUGCGCACCGCGGCGGUGGCCUCCAUGUGCAAGUUGGCCUUGUCGCGGCCGGACUUUGCGGUGACCAGCCUGGACUUUCUGGUGGACAUGUUCAACGACGAGAUCGAGGACGUGCGGCUGAAGGCCAUCUACAGUCUGACCGCCAUUGCCCGGCACAUUGUGCUGCGCGAGGAUCAGCUGGAGAUCAUGCUCGGCUCGCUGGAGGACUUCUCGGUGGAGGUGCGCGAGGGACUGCAUCUCAUGCUCGGCGCCUGCCGCGUCUCCACGCAAACGUGCCUGCUGAUGGUGGUGCAGAAGCUGCUGGAUGUGCUGGCCAAGUAUCCGCAGGAUCGGCACUCCACGUACGCCUGCAUGCGCAAGAUCGGCCAGAAGCAUCCGCAUCUCGUGAUGGCGGUGGCCGUUCACCUGCUCUACGUGCAUCCCUUCUUCGAGACGCCCGAGCGGGAUGUCGAGGAUCCCUCGUACCUGUGCGUCCUCAUCCUGGUCUUCAAUGCGGCCGAGCACCUGGUGCCCAUCAUCAGUCUGCUGCCCACGGCGACGCACCGGCACUACGCCUAUCUGCGCGACUCGAUGCCGCAUCUGGUGCCCCAGCUGCCCAUCGAGGGCGCCUCCUCGCGCAUCGAUUCGGCCAUGCGGCAGGCGGGCAGCUCGGCGGAGUACCUGCAGAUGAUACUCAGCCACAUCGAGGAGAUCUUCACGAUGGCCGACGAGCGGGUGGAGCUGCUCCAGACGGCCCAGUCCAACCUGCAGCGCCUGGGAGCCAUCGAUGCGGGCAUGUACGGCACCUCGAACUUCCUGGAGACCUUCCUGGCUGCCCAGAUUCAGAUCGAGCAGAUGCAGCGCUGCGCCAGCACGCAGAGGAGCCGCGUGCCGCUCAAGGAAUCGCUGGCGGCGCUCAUCCGCAACUGCCUCAAGCUGCAGCACACCUUCUCGGGCCUCAACUACGGCGACAUUCUGCAGGUGAAGCAGCUGCGCCUAAGGGCCUGCGCCCUGCACCUGGUGCUCGUGGUGAGGGAUCGCUCGCAGAGCGCCCUGGGUCCCUGCCAGAUGCUGCUGCAGACCGCCGGCGACAUUGCCGAGUUCAUUAAGGCGAACACAAAGGAGGAGGAGGAAAAACCGCCGCUGGAGCAGCCAGAGAAGCAGUCCAGCAGCAGCAGCAGCGGCAGCAGGGACACUGCCCAGCCGGACAGCUUCACCCGCCAGCUGCUGGGCAAGCUGGAUGCCAUUUCGGAUCCCAAGCCGGGUCGCGUCUUCCGCGAGAUCCUGCCGCUCGUCCAGCAGGCUCCGCCGCUGGCGCUGCCGCCGGCCAACGAGAAGAUACGCCGCUGCGUGGCCAACAUCCUGGAGCCCUGUCCGCUGCAGUCGCAGGACAAUGUGAUCAAGGUGACGGCCGGCCUGAUUGCCGCCGUUCCCUUUGUGGCCGAGAUCGACAACCUGCUCGAGUCGCAGAAGGCGGACAUGCGGAUCAAGAUCAAGUACCCCGACCAGCACAUGCACACGGUGGUGCCGAAGCGCAGCGACUUCAAGCCCAUCAUGACGGAGCAGGGCGAGCACGAGACGAAUGUGCGCCUGCGCACCACCAUCCUGCUCUCGCACAGCGUCUGGACGGAGUCCUCGCUGGUGGAGAUCCAGCUGUGCCUGGCCGUUCGCCCCGGCAGCGAGCUGGAGCUCUGCAAGCCGGCCAAGGUGCUCUUCGCCCCCAAGCCGGUCAGACGCGGCAUUUAGCUGGCUGAUCUCGGGGCGGAUGGAGCCGCGGGUGGACGGAGCCGGCGGCGCAGGAGCGGAUUGAGGAGCUGACAAGGCCACACAGCCGCUGGAGAAGCAGAGAAUCGGGCGGACCGAUUUUCAACUGUUCAAGUAAAUAUGUAUAUCGUUGUCUAGGGAAACAGUUGGCUAGCCUAUGUAUUUUUGAUCUUUUAAGGCCUCAGUUGUGUAGCAUAUAUCAUAUGUAUUUUUUUCCAGUUUAAAUAAAGAAAGUAAUAAUCAAAAUA